GUUAGCAGUCCCGCUAAUUUAAAAUCACGUUAGCGACCUUUUCUGGACCCACAAGAUAUAAUAAAUUACGUGCCUUUUGUUCGCAGUAAGGAACAAAGUGACACAUGAGCUGUUUUGUUGUUUACUUUUGUUAAAAGAUCAAGCUCUUUUCUGCAACAGGAAUGGACCGGCACAGAUCCCGCAGCCCCGUUAUCAGCUCCCAACACCACUAUUCACCAAACAAACGAGGAGAUAACAGGAGAGCAAAACACUGUGACGCUGCACACUUCAGACCCACAAAUCACCACUGACACCAUUCCAGUGCAACUCCAGAGCAAACCCCACCCAGGUCCCAGACAUUAUGCACAAGGAGGGAAGCGUAUGAGAGAGCCUUUCCGUUUUACAAGCAGCCUGUGGAAGUGGGCUGUUUCUCCCUGGACUCUCAGCGUAGGUUUUUCAAUGACAGCAGGCAGAUGAGAUACUACGUGGAACCUGACAGAAGUCCUAAUUUUGAUCUGAGCGACGGGUACAGGGGACGUUAUGUGAAAAGGGACGAAAACGUAAAGGAAAAGCUGGACCACAUUCUGCGGUGGAUUGUAGCCAACAGAUCAAAGCUGAAAUCCAAACUGUCCCCAGACGCUUCAUGCCCUCUAGACUUCGACUUUGUGACUUGGCGCGGCCACCUGACCAAGCUGCUCACUACGCCGUACGAGACCAGGGAGGGCUGGUUGCUGGCUGUGACCAGGUUUAACGGCACGCUCUACAUCAGCGAGGUGGAGACCGAAGCUGCUCGCAGAGAACGAGAGAACCGCCCUGAGAGGAACCAGGAGAUGAUGUACUGGGGAUACAAGUUUGAGCAGUACAUGUGUGCAGAUAAAACGUACAGUGAGCCUGACCCCAGCGGAGUGGUCAACACCAACGAGGCCUUCUGCACUGUGGUCCAGACCCGACUCACAGAUCACAAACUUCUGUUCUCUGGCGAGGUGGAUUGUCGGAACAAAGAUCCUGAUGCUCCACCUCCUCCUGCCUGUUACGUGGAGCUGAAGACCUCUGCAGAGAUCUGCACCCCCAAACAGCGCAGCAACUUCCACAGGUUUAAACUGUUGAAGUGGUGGGCCCAGUCUUUUCUCCCUGGAGUUCCUCGGGUGGUUGCAGGUUUCAGGGAUCAUGAUGGGAUUGUUGUUUCUGUGGAGACUUUUCAAAUCUCCAAGAUUUCCCAGUUCAUCAAGAAUGAAUAUAACUGCUGGAAGCCAACAGUUUGCAUAAACUUCUGCUGUGAUUUCCUGUCUUUUGUAAAGCAUGAAACUACUGCAGACAAUCCUAGUGUUGUGUACCUGUUUUCCUGGGAACCACACAAGGAUGUGACCUACUCAGUCCACUGGGACUCCCAGUAUUCCUUCCUGCCCGACUGGUACAUUAAGGAAAUGACUUGUCUGGAGAGUAACACCAUCACCUUUGACAUUACCAAUGGCCAUCCUCAUUCAGGGUUCCUGUGCUGUCUGGAAAAGUAGGAUUAAAGUAUUUUCUAGAUGUUGAAGAUUAAAAACCUCCAGAUUUAUUUCUUUUUCCACCAUCAGUAAGUUGUAUUCUCUUAACUACCGCCUCUAAUUUUUGCAAUGACAAUUGUGGAAAUAACAUUUUGUAUUUAUAUUUCUGAAAAUAAGUUUU